AUCAGUACCUUGGUGUGUAAGAGCUCACGAAAAUGAUUCCUAAGUCGUAUUUUUUUAAAUCACGAAUUCACCAUAAGUAACGUAAUAUGUUACGUGUGGCGAAAGAAAUGCGUAUUAUGCCGUCAUCAUGCUGAAAAUUUACACACCCACGCGCCCGUGCUGUAGGCAUUUAUAACAAUUUUCUGCGAUUUUCCGCAGUUAACCCGCAAUUAUCUUCGUGUGCGCGCGUUUAUUUAAAAAUGUCGAGUCUCGCUGUUUUUGAUUUUGAUCGUACGGUUGUGGAUGAUGAUUCGGACGCUACAAUAAUAAAUAGAUUGCGGGAGAAAGAGCCGCCGCCGGAAUGGGAAGCGAGCAACCAUGACUGGACCCCAUAUAUGAGCGAAGUCUUCGAGCAUGCGUACUCAGCUGGUCUGCAGCAGGGCGAGAUCCUCGACUGCAUCGGAUCCAUGCGCCCCACUCCCGGUGUGGAGGAGCUCAUCACGACCCUGGCGGCUGAGGGUUGGGAUGUCCUGUUGCUGACUGAUGCGAACUCAGUUUUCGUGAACCAUUGGCUCAAAGUUCAUGGGCUUCAGGAUGCAGUGACGAACGUGAUCACCAACAGUGCGUUCUGGCGGGACGGCCGGCUGUUCAUCGAGCCGUGUAUGAGGCAGACUGCCUGCGCCCGCUGUCCCUCCAACUUGUGCAAGUCGAUUGCGCUUGCGCAGUGGCUCGCCCAGCGUCCGCCGUACACGCGAGUUACAUAUGCUGGUGACGGUAGAAACGAUUACUGUCCGGCCACCAACCUACCUGCCCACGCGAUAGUGUUUCCCCGCAGCGGGUACCCAUUGGAUGAUCUCACAAAGCAGACCCUGGCCACCACCAGCCCCCAGGUGAAGGCGAAGGUUGUACCCUGGGAGGAUUGCUACACCAUACUACACGAGGUGUUCCCGCACAAACGUAGGAUAUCAGCUUAGUUCAUCUUUUAUAUCUACAUGAGGCUCUGGUGGUCUAGCGGUUUAGCCAUCGCUUUACAUCCGAUGGUCGCGGGUUCGAUUCCUCACAC